AUGCCUGGAACUGUUACUAAAUUGCUAAGCAAGGUGUUUGGCCCACCAGCGCUUCCAAAGCGUCCUGAUCGGACUUCUACCCUUACUCCGUCACCUUCAUGUGAAUCGCUUAUCCAAUCCAUGCAAGCUGCUGUAGGAGAAAGUCCUCUGUUCCGGAAAAUUCCCUUCGAGGUUCGCCAAAUGAUUCUAGUAGCUACGUUUGGAGGCCGUGUUGUACAUAUGGACUUGAUAUAUGACCAUCCAAGAAUGCCUCUAGCGAAACGCUGCUUGGAUCCAGAAUUGCAGGAACAUCACGCCUACCUUGGCCCACGCUUAAUCCAAAAUCGUAGGGCGAACAAACGAAGGAGACGGAGAUGGCAGUGGCAAAGCUCGGUGUGUCACCGGACUACGGACUACAGGAUAGCUAACCCGGCCCCUUGGACUGACGAAAUGCCUUAUAAUGAUAAUUGCCAUGAUCCGGAUUAUCGGCAUAUGUGCAACUCUUGCUGGGGAGUAGUACGUGAAAGGCUGGACUAUUGCUUCAUCGGAGUUAUGGGCUGGCUAUUAUCGUGUCGACAGGCGUUAGUAGCCAUAUCUAAAUCAUCAAUGCCGUCCAAACAAGCUGGAUGGUAUUUCUCCCCUAUGCUCAGAACUAACAUUGCUUUACAAGUUAGUUACGCCGAAGGAAUUGAAAUCCUCUAUCAAACAAAUACUAUACAUAUACCCGAUUCCUGUAUUUUUCGCAACUUACCCCGGUUCCUCCCUCCUCAACGUCUAGCCAACAUCAGAUCAUUAGAGGUAGUGUGGAGCCUGCAUAUGUUUGAAAAGCAAGAAUGCAACGGCACAGACCACCAAAAUCGGAGUCAUUCUGCAUUUCUCCGCUAUCUAGAGAUGAUACCAACAAUACUCCCUGAGCUCAGGAAACUAUUCCUCUCCCUUCAAGGUGAGAUGUUCCCCCCACGAAAUAGUGACUGUGACCUGUUUAACCUAGUCGAUACCCUCAUCCUGACACCGGUUGAUGUGAUGGUGCGGGGGAUGGGUGCACGGCUUAAAAAAUUCGAUCUCGCACUUCCCUACCGUGUCUACAGCAUCAUCAGAUACAAGACUUCCAACUCCAAACAUUAUGGGCUAGGAUCCCGCCGUCUCAUGAAAAUGAAACGGGAGAGGGUUUGGCGAGAUCUUACAAAACCUGACACUAUAUAUGGACAUCUACCAGGCUACUGGAUUAAUCGGGGACAUCGUGAUAUCUCGCUUGAUUCUGCAGCAUUUGACAUGGAUGCUGAGGAACCAGAAUCAGAUGAGCCAGAAGAAUAA